CCGGCGCUGCCCCGGCACCGGCACCGGCAGCGGCACCGGCAGCGCGGGCACGGCACGGCACGGCACGGGCUCACCAUGAUCGUGUGUCCCCAGAGCGUGGAGCACCCCCGAGGAAGCCGAUGCCAGCGGCUGCCGGGGCAGGUAGUGAAGAUGUCCGGCAGCGACCCUGAGUGCCCCCAGUUCCUCUUCGUGAAGGUGCUGGCGAGCCGGGGGCGGCUGGAGGCGGUGACCCAGCAGAUGGGCUACCACCCCCAGUACCUGGACAGCUUCCUCAAGAUGCAGCACUACCUGAUGCACAUGGAUGGCCCCCUGCCCUUUGACUGCCGGCACUACAUCGCCAUCAUGGCGGCUGCCCGGCACCAGUGCCGGUACCUGGUGAACCUGCACGUGCUGCAGUUCCUGCGGGCAGGGGGUGACCCCCAGUGGCUGCGCGGCCUCGAAUUCAUCCCCCCCAAACUCCGCAACCUCAACGAGAUCAACAAGAUCCUGGCACACCGGCCCUGGCUCAUCACCAAGGAGCACAUUGAGAAGCUGCUGAAGAUCAGCGAGUGGAGCUGGUCGCUGGCGGAGCUGGUGCACGCAGUCGUCCUCCUGGCACACUGCCACGCGCUCGCCAGCUUUGUCUUCGGCUGUGGCUGCGAGCAGGACGAGGGGCUGGGGGGCCGAGGCUCCCUGAAGGGCCUGUCCCUCGGGAACCAGUGCUUCUGCGAAGCCACCGCCGGCAACAGCUGCAGCCAGGAGCUGCUGCGCAUCAACCGCAAGCGGUCCCUGGACUCCUGCAUGGAGCUGGAUUCCCUCCGGGAGCGCAUGCAGCGGAUCCACGUGGAGACCGAGGGCAGGGAGGAGAUGAGGCUGCUGCAGCAGGAGCGAGAGGAAGGGCUCUCCUUUCUUGCAGAUCCUGAUGGAGAAGUCACCGGUGCCACCAACCUCGCAUGCUACAUGCAGGACCCUGACUUUGGGUACCAGGACUUUGCCCGGCGCGAUGAGGAUCAGACGCAGGUAUUCAGAGUCCAGGAUUAUUCCUGGGAAGACCAUGGCUUCUCACUGGUCAACCGGCUCUACUCCGACAUCGGGCAUCUCCUGGAUGAGAAGUUCAGGAUGGUGGAUGGUCUGCAGAGCAGUGCCAUGGCCAAGCGGCAGGGCUGUGAGCCCUCUGUCUUCAAGCGGGGCAUCUGGAACUACAUCCACUGCAUGUUUGGCAUUAGGUACGAUGAUUAUGACUAUGCAGAAGUGAAUCAGCUCCUGGAGCGAAUGCUCAAAGUUUACAUUAAAACUGUAACCUGCUACCCAGAGAAGACAAACUCAGAAAUGUUUGACAGGUUCUGGAAGCAGUUCAAGCACAGUGAAAAGGUCCACGUGAACCUGCUCAUCCUGGAGGCCCGGAUGCAGGCAGAGCUGCUGUAUGCACUGCAGGCCAUCACCCAGUACAUGAUCUCCUAGACGGCGGGGGCUGCGCUGCGGCAGGGCCGGGCAGCGCCCUCGCUCCCUGAACUCCUGCGGGACCCGGCACGCUGGGACCCACGGCGAGGGAUUUCUCAAUUUAGUUUACUUGACUGUCUUGUUCCUUUUUGUUGGUUUUCCCCCCCACCCCACCCCGCCUUGUGGGGCUCACUGAGUGGCCCUGUUACGUGCAAUUACCAAACUGUGAGGCGAGUCCGUGCUGCUGAGAUGCUGGAGACUUGAACAUGUCCAAGGAGGACUGCCAAAAACAUGGGGGGAGAGGGAAGCAAUAGGGGACUGGGGCCAAAUUAGAGGGAUGCUCUCCCACGAGCAGAAGCUCCUUGCCCAGGUGGUGUGUGGUAGCCUGGGUGCCACAGGGAGGGCAGAGGGGAAAGCUGGCUUCCUUCCCUGUGCUGCAGUGGCUGCCCUGCUUUGCAAAGCCACCCUUGGGCACCUGUCCUCACGGGGGUGAUGUCUGUCACUUGGGAACAGCAUGGGCAGAGUGUGGGUGUGUUGCAAUGUCCUGAGUUGUGUGGUUAGGCAGCAAGAAACGCUGGCUCCCAGCAAGGGCCCUUCUCCAGCCCAGGACAGCAAUGGGAUGCACUUGCUGCCUGCACGUAAUAUCCUUUAGGUCCAUGUGCCAAACCCCUCUGGGAUGGAUGAGAGAUGACCCGAGGCAAACUCCAAACUGUGAAGCUCUUGCUGGCAGAGUGUCCUAAUGCUUUGCCUUCUCCAACAGCAGGGUGAGAAGGUCUCUGACAGUGUUCAGGCACUGGGGGUUUCUGCAGGGGACUUUGGGCAGUCCUAAGCCCUUCCUCUGCCUCCCAUCAGCACAGAGGCAGGAACAAGGAAGGCUUCCUGACUUAACGAGGUUUGUGUCUUCUUACCACCGUGGGAGGGCUGAGGUCCUGUGCCCAGUCACUUGCUGCUUAACAGCAUGGUGGAGGAGCCUGUGGUCAGCACAGGGUAAGCACAGGAAGCUUCUCCUUGAUCCUGGCCCCUUUGAACAGAGGCAGCCCAUCCACCAGCCCUGCCCUCUGCCUGGGGGGGCAGAAGCUGCACCAUCACUCCUCGUGUGUCCCUGGGUUGUUCCCUGGCCACGCCACAGCCCCUGGCUGGGGGGGUGUGAGGGAUCCAGCACAGGCUCUGGAGAGCAGCCACAACAGGGGGAUGAAGCCACCCGUUGUAAGUGGGAGCCUGAAGCGAGGGCAGCUGUCGAGUCAGCCAGCGCGCGCUGCUGCAGUCGGCCUGUUUACUGCGUAAAUGUACGGGGAGAAAACCUUGUGUAUGGAAGCUACAGAAAAAGCCUAUUUUUGCUAUAAAUAUAUUAUGUUUGACAUGGA